CCGGAAUCCCCUCAGAGGAAAUGUAGGCACGGACACGCGGGGGGCUCUUCGCUGACAGGAGCCACAGCAAUUCUUAAGGCAAUAAUUCAACAACAACAACAACAAAACCCUCCCACAGACGUCACGAUGAAGGUGACCAGCAUCGACUGCCGGCGUCUGAGGAAAAUCAUCCGUAAGGAGUGUGGAAGCUGCCUUAUCGUGGACUGCCGACCGUAUUUCUCCUUCACCAACUCCAACAUCAGAGGCUCCGUCAACGUCAACCUCAACUCCGUGGUGGUCCGGAGGUCCCGAGGAGGGCCGGUGCCUCUGCAGUUUGUCAUUCCGGACGAGAGAGCCCUGUUCCGGCUUCGAGAGGGCAGCAUCUCGGCGGUGGUGGCGCUGGAUGACCGGACGUCCCACUGGCAAAAACUGAAGAAAGACAGUGUGGCACAAAUAGUCAUCAAGACGCUGUCGCACCUCGUGAGCCGAGCAAAGAUCUGCUUCCUAAAAGGAGGAUACGAGAACUUCCGCUCUCAGUACCCUGAACUUUGCGCUGAGGUGAAACCCAUCGACCAGAGCGGAGGUGAAGCUGAGAAAAAAACCGACAGCCACAGCGAGAAGCUGUGUCACCACAAACCAGAUUAUGAUCAGGGUAAACCUGUAGAAAUCCUACCUUUCCUCUACCUCGGUAGUGCCUACCAUGCUUCCAGACAGGACUAUCUCAGUGACCUUCACAUCACAGCCUUGCUCAAUGUGUCACGCAGGGAUCUGCAACCUGGCAAAGGCCAGUACAACUACAAGUGGAUCCCAGUGGAGGACAGCCACAUGGCCGACAUUAGCUCCCACUUCCAAGAGGCCAUAGACUUCAUUGAUGAUGUAAAGCAAUCAGGGGGAAAAGUCCUGGUCCACUGUGAAGCAGGAAUCUCUCGCUCUCCGACCAUCUGCAUGGCCUACAUCAUGAGGACCCAGCAGCUCCAGCUGGACGCAGCCUUCGACAUCAUCAAACAGCGACGGGCCAUCAUCUCGCCCAACUUCAGCUUUAUGGGCCAGCUGCUGCAGUUUGAGUCGGAGGUGCUGUCCAUGGCACCAGUUCAUGCCACCACCCCAGAACCGGCCACACCCUGCGCUCCAGAGUCUGCCUCCUUUUUUACCAAUGACUUUGUCGCCACAAACUUUAAUACCAAAAACUUUGAGCCUUCCCUGUUCACCCUCCCUACAUGCCUGCAGUCCCCGGUCCACCACCAGUUAAACCGGAGCCCACUAACUGCACUGCCUUAAUACAAACUGUGACUGCAUGUAGUCUUACUUGAAGAAGAAAAGAAUAAAUAUUUAAUAGCUGUUUGCUCGGUGUUCUAACCAGCGGAUCAGAUAGUUUGAAAAUCAGCAACAUAAAGAAAGAAGCUUAAAUUGUUAGUAGUAAGUUGAUAGGACUUGAUAUGAGGUAUUUAAUCUUUGUUGACUUCAGACUAUGAUGCUGUUUUCCUGUUGUCUGAUCUGAAGUGAAGAAGCAACACAAAACAGUGUUAAACAGCAAUAUACAUGCCUUAGGUUGAUAUUGUGAUUUAUUUGCCUACACAGAUCCAGUCAGGCAUUUGAGCCUAAUUGAUUUGAAAAUCAGUUUGUCAGAUUUGUUUUUCAAUAAUUACGUAUGUCAAUACAUGUUAAAUAAAUGUUUUCACCU